AUGGCUGAAGAUGCUUCUCCUAAAAUUUAUUCCCACUGUCCAGCAGAAAAAGAUAAAACACCAACUGAACCAACAUCUAUUACUUCAGAAGGAGACCAUGUUUCUUCAGUAAAUGACUAUACACGUGGAAGUGAUUUUUCAUCUACUGUAGUCAACAAGUUUAUACUUCCAAAGGAAAGACUAAAAUCAGAAGAUGAAGUUGAAACUCAUAUCAUUAAGUCAACCACCCAUACAGAGAAAGAGACAUAUACUUUCACUGGAACUACAAACUCCGUGACUGAUGACUCUAUUAGUGAAAAUUUCAUUUCAGCAAAAAAGGGUAAUAUUUCAUCACCACUUGCUACACUUUCUUUGAUAGAUUUUUCCACUAAUGUAGCAGGAGAAGUUAUUCUAUUGGAUACAAUUUGCCCAGGGGAUAAAGAUGACUCAAUAACUUCUGAAGUCUCUGGCACACUUAAGAAAAACACCACCUGCAUAACUGACACCCCUACACCUUCAGGUAAGAAGGAUGAACCUGAUGUUACCAAUUCUAACUCCUCAGAUAAAUCUAAUGUUGAUGAAGUUGUCCACGUCACUAACUCCUUUACUCCUAAGUUUGAAAUCUCUUCCUCUACUGAAAAGAACAUCACCACUAUUCCAGACAUAACUGUCCUAGCAGAAGAAAAAAUAACUGAAAUUGAUGUAAUUCUUUCAGAAGAGGUCCCUGAUGCUAUGGCUAAAUUACCUGACUCUGGUGAGGAAAACUUCAUCACUGUAUUUGAACUUACUACCUCUGCUGAAAGAGACAAAGAUAACCCAAAAGAGUUUCCACUAACAGAUGAAGAGUCUGUUGAUGGGGUCAAUGUUUGGAUGGAGAAAGAGAGUUCAAAUGAAGCUGAGAUUCAUUCUGUUUUGCUCACUGCUGUUGAAUCCAGAUAUGACUUUAUUGUCCCCACAUCAACAGCUAUGAAUCUCAUGGAUGAUUCACCUACUACAACGAAAGAUUUGUCUGAAAAUGAUAGAACUGAAUCCGUAACUAAGGUUGCUGAGCCAUCUUCUGGAACUACCCCCAUACUAGAUGCACCAAUCCCCAUACUAGAUACUUCAGACCACUUGGAAGACACUUUUACAACUGAAAUGGAUCUCUUUAAACUCCUGGGAGAAGAUCCAGAUGGGUUCAUGAUUUGA